AGAUGAUUAGCUCCCCCAGUCUCACAGAGCUCGUUGCCCCUUUAAAGGAGACCUGCCUCCUCCAGAGCCUAAUUGUCUCUGCAUCAGUAGCUUCAGCCUGUGCAUAAUGAAAUCCUGAGUGGCAGAAGACUGGAGCUUAUUUGAGGCGCUGGAAUCUCCUCACUAUCACAGAAAGGGGUCAGUGAAUGAAAGAGGGAAGAAGGGAGAGACUGAGAAGAAGGGAUAAUAAGGGGUAAGGGGCAAAUGACCAGCAGAAUCAAAUCCAGAGGGACAAGAGAGGAAGAGGCUGCUGGAAAGGGAAGAUUGGGGGACAGAGAGGGGAUUAUUCGGUGCAGGGUCUGGAGGGAAUUUAUAAGGAGGGAGAAAGAGGUGAAUGAGAGAGAAGCUAAAAUGAAUCAGACACGUGCGUGUGGGAUAUUUGUGGAGAGGAGGUGGAUGUAGAAAUCAUAUAAGAAGGGGCUCAGCUUUGCGCAUGGGGGUUACAAGGAAACCUCUCCAGUCAUUAGUGGGAAGAGAAUUGGGGAUGAGACACAGGAGGGAGAAACUUUCUGAGGGAGAUUAAAGGACUUGGAAAAGCUGAUUGUGGAGCAGGAGACACUCACGUCUGAAUAACAUGGAGAGGAAGGAAGAAGGAGUCGUACAGAAUCAUUUGCUGACAAUGAACUCGCCAUUGGGCUCCAUAAGACUCAGCAGCCAGGGAAAGCGGCGAUCUCAAGUCCUACAAGUGAGCAGCGACUGAACAGACUUUACUGGUUAAAGGAGAAGCGUCCGAUCUGGUUGUACCCGGCUGCAGAAGGUCAGCGCUGGGGUAAAGCCGGGAGAGCGGCCGGGGUUAUAACGAGGCAGAUAAAGCGCUCGAUCGCUGUAGCGGAGUCAAUGGGACACUCGGGCUUCUCUAUCGCUGAGCGCGGGCGGGAGCUGUUCCUUCAGCACCACUGAGUGGAACUUACACAACGCUCGGCUACAGCGGCGGUUAUGAGCUGUUCCUUCAGCACCACAAGCUUUCUAGGUCAGGAUCUACAUCACUGGGACAAGGAACUACAUUCCACUGAUUAAAACAUUGGCUGGGCUGCCCUGGGAGGUUUAGGUUGGACAGUAUUAACCCAAGGUCACAUCCCCAAGGAGCCUCAUUGCUUCCAAAUACAAUUACUCACAAUUUGCCCGUGUUAUUUAUUUAUUUGUGAUUUUAUUUUUUUUGAUUCCAUUACAUCACAGACUAUAAGGGACUCCUAAUCCCCCAUCAGAAUCCUAAUCCACCACAACCCACCCAAAUGUUCCUCUGUAGCUUCAGGCUCCACUACAAUGCUCCAGUAUGAGGAUGUGUGAGCGAGGAGUUCAGAUGUUAAUCACCACCGUGGGGGCCUUUGCAGCUUUCAGUCUGAUGACCAUCGCAGUGGGCACCGACUAUUGGCUCUACUCCCGGGGGGUCUGCAAGGCGAAGUCCACCAAUGACAAUGAGACCAGCAAGAAGAAUGAAGAAGUCAUGACCCACUCGGGUCUGUGGAGAACCUGUUGCCUUGAAGGAGCCUUCCGUGGGAUGUGCAAGAAAAUCGAUCAUUUCCCGGAGGAUGCAGAUUAUGAACAGGACACGGCGGAAUAUUUACUGCGUGCUGUUCGGGCUUCCAGUAUCUUCCCUAUCCUGAGUGUGGGCCUCCUGUUCUUUGGUGGUCUCUGUGUUGCUGCCAGUGAGUUCUAUAAGAACAAGCACAAUGUUAUUCUGAGUGCGGGGAUCUUCUUUGUUUCAGCAGGUUUGAGCAACAUCAUUGGUAUCAUCAUUUACAUCUCAGCCAAUGCUGGAGACCCCGGGCAAAGCGAUUCCAAGAAAAGCAACUACUCUUAUGGCUGGUCCUUUUAUUUUGGAGCCUUGUCGUUCAUCAUCGCCGAGAUGGUCGGGGUGUUGACUGUGCACAUGUUUAUAGAGAAGCACCGGCAAAUCAGAGCCAAAUCUCACUCUGACCUGUUCAAGAAAUCUGCCUUUUCCCGCAUCCCCAGCUACCGAUAUCGAUUCCGCAGGCGUUCCAGCUCCCGAUCCACCGAGCCUAGAUCCAGGGACCCGUCCCCUGUGGGCAAAAGCUUCAACCCCAUUCCCGCUAGUGACAUUUCCCUUUACACACUGACCUCCCGUGACCCCACCAAGGUGACUGUGGGCUCUCUGUUAAAUUCAGAUAGAGAACACGGCUUCCUACAGGUCCACAACUCACUUUCCAAGGAUUACAAAGAUUCUAUCCAUAAUAAUUCUUCCAACAGGCGCACCACUCCUGUCUGAAGGUGCUCCUCACUGAAGAAAGAGCCAUACAAAAACCUGGAAGGACAAAGCAUGAGCGUCUAACCAAGUCCAUCACAUGUAUGGUCUUCUCCACUCAGCCUCUUGAGAAGAGGAGAAUGCCCACAAUAAACAUUCUGUGAAAUUAUAUUCAAUCACCAGAAUAGGCAUUUAGGUAGGAAGAAUGAUUAAUGUCAGUAGGUGCUGGUGUCCUGCUAUGGAGCUAUAGGAACAUCAUGAUGUUCUUUUGGUCUACAUGAAUAUUACUGGGGUCAUCUGUAGACAGGAUAUUCCUACAAUAUAAUAAUGCAAGUAGGACAAUGGGUUUAUGUUUAUCACUUUCUUUAUCCAGUUGAGUAGAUUUAAUCUAAACCUGUCCUUAGAUAUUAUCUAAUUAUUCUGUAGUUAUUUUCAGGGGCACUUCUAGGCUUUUUGCCACCACCUUUUACCCCAGCGCAUACCUCUUCUUCUGUAGGACCAGUUAGAGGGGCGGGAUCACUAGUGUAGAGAGUCCGAUAAGAGCCGAAUAUCUGCUGUUUAAAGGAGACCUGUCACCUAAAGAAAUUAUUCCACAUUUUAAUUUAUGAUGGUAAAACCAAGCAAAAUACAUUUCAAUGAUUAAAAUCUUGCGUUCAUUGGAAUUAGAAUUCACAAUCACAGCAGACAGGCAGGCAGGACCGCCAUCAGAAAUCGCAUGGCCCCAUACAACAAAAUUUCCU